AUGCGCAGUCAUGUGGUUAAUCCCGACGACGAGCACGAAGACGCAUAUGAUCACGAACCUGACGCGGCGCGCAAAACAAGCAAGAUGAACGGCCCAGGAUCAAAAGCAGGAGCAGAAGAAGAGGGUCCCGCAUGCCAAUCGUGCCGACAGAAGAAGGCCAAAUGCUCGAGGCGAUCGCCAUGUUCGCACUGUGUGAAGUUCCAAGAGAUUGAUUGUAUCUAUGAGAACCGCAAAAGCAAGCCAGGCCUUCGGACAGGUGCUGUCGAGAAUCUCACGCAACGAGUUGUCGCCUUAGAAAAUAUGUUUCUCGGGCAAGGAAUCUUAUGGCAACAGGUAUGGAAUCAGGUGAAUCCUGUACAAGAUACCUCGGACAGCACUUCUGUCCCUGCUCAAACCCCUUCAAAUCCGGGCGACACCCUGAAAGAUUAUACAAGUCGCCUGAGAUCUGAAUUGUCAAGUGUGUCGAGAAACUUCGAGCUACCAGAGACUGAACCAAGUAUUUCAGUCAAGCGCCGGCGUAUGACCAGUACUUCUGGAGAAGAACGCCCACCCCCAAGAUCCGGGAUACGGGACCAACAAGAUCACGACAACGACUUACCACCAGAUGACCUGGUCGACGCUCUCGUUGAGAUCUAUUUCACUAACAUACAUCCGUGGAUACCUAUUCUUCAUGUCAAACAGUUUCGCGAGAGAAUGGCCAUCCCAACCGACCGGCAGAAGUUGCGAAUAAUAUUUCACGCAAUUGUAUCGCUCUGUGUCCGAUUCUCACAAGACCAAAGACUCGAGAGCGCAGAAGUGAGAGCACGGUACUCAAAGAGGAGUCGAGAAAUCGUGAUUUUGCAGAGUAUGGAAUCUUUCUCGGUCGAAAAUCUCCAGGCCUUGAUCAUUUGCGCUUUUGAUACGAUUGGUAGCGGACGAGGACCAUCAGCGUGGUCCAUUGUUGGAAGUAUGACAAGAACAGUGGAACAACUGCAGUUAAGUGUGGAGAGCGAAGAUCAGCCCCAGUCUGCAGAGUUCCUCAUAAAACGCAUGGCUUUUCUGGCACCAUCGAGAAAUUGGACAGAAAUGGAACAGCGCCGGCGGGUGUUCUGGAGCGUGUUCUUGAUGGAUCGAUUCUGCAGCAUUGCGACAGGCUGGAACUUCUCGCUGACCAGUGCCGACGUGAAGAGGCGCUUGCCGUGCGAAGGAGCUCUGUGGGAAGAAGGCAAACCACUGAAGAUACCAGCGCCAUACUUUGGAGUGGCGGAUAAAUCAGCAUCUGGAGCUUUACCCACCGCACGACCUGAAUUCGAAGAUCAAGUAUCGAUAGGAGGGUUUGCGUAUUGUAUCGAGGCAUCUGAGAGCUUGAGUCUUGUGACGACAUUCUUUCUGCGACAUGCUGUCAACGUCUCAAAGGUGCAAGAUGUCCAGAUUUGGCUCAUGCGAUUCAAGGAACUGGACCUCAGACUCGUGCAAUGGAAAGUCUUCCUUCCUGCACAAUGGCGUGAAGCUUGUGCACUUAAUGCGGAUGGAGUCCUGGAUCCAAAUCUAACACUUGCUCAUAUAACGCACAACACUGCUGUGGGACUGCUACACCAAGGCAUUGCAUACCCAUCACCAGAGUGGAAAGCUAGCCCGAUCCGACUUCCCUCCGUUUCCAGUGCAGAAACAUGCAUGACAGCAGCAACAGAAGUCGCCAUAAUCGCCGAAAAAUACCUCCAGGGCUCCACGUGUCUCACACACCCGCAAUUUGGGUUUUGUCUAUUCAUUUGUGGAAGAAUGCUCCUCGCCCAUUCACUUCACUACAGCGUCAUGCUACCACCGGAAUUUGACUCCUUGAUAAAUAGUCUACAAGAGAUAUCGAGUCGCUGGAACGGCCCCCAUGCACAUGAGCCCGACAGCAAAAUUGACAAUCUUGCGUCGAAGUUUGCAUCCCGUCUUGCUCAAGCUCGUGAUCAAGGACCUCACACUUUAGAUAUUCGCCAGUCGGCCUACUCCGAGGACCAGAACCAUGAAAGUACCGCAAUUUCUCAGGAAACCGUCUCAAAUCAGUUCAAUCAGCCAGGAAUGAUCUCUAACAACCAAAUAUCGGAACCGAUAUCGAACGAACACGACCUCAGCAACGGUCACCACUUCAUGUCAGAACCAGAGGGCUCACCAGACAGCAUAUCACUUGCGUUCCCACCUCUACCUCUUGCCUUCCAGCCCCACUGCGCAAGCGCUACACAAACCGCCAUGCCAUCUCCAACUUCUGACAAUCAACAAUUGAACAGCUUCUACGACCAGAAACAACCAGAAGAAACUACAUUCCAACAUGCCACCUUCUCGGAUCAGAACAUGGGCUACGACAUGUCUGGCGCGAGUGUCGAUAAUUUGAACUCGUUCUUUGAAUAUUCGUUGUUACCUACCCAACGGAUUAGUAUGUUCUCUAUGCAGAACGAGAAGGAUGCUAAUUCGCACCUAUAA